UUUACAUCCAAAGUUUUGUCUUGUGUAGUCGCCAAGUUGGAAUGGAUACCGACAGGUGAAACAAGUGCAAGACAAUUGGAAGGAUAUAAUGUAAUUUGUGAGGAUACAAUUCUUUUUCCUGAGGGUGGUGGUCAACCAUGUGAUUAUGGUGAAAUUAAUGGWUACCCAGUACGUUCUGUAGUACGUAAUGGAACAGAAGCAAUACAUUUCGUUGAAAGUACUAAAGGUUUUGAGGAAGGUGAUGUGGUAAAACAGUCGCUUGAUUGGAAUCGACGGUUGGAUCAUAUGCAGCAGCAUUCUGGCCAACAUUUGAUAACAGCGUUAUUUGACAGUGAAUUUAAAUAUGACACCACUUCUUGGUGGUUAGGAACGGACACGUCAUAUAUAGAGCUAGAUACCACACAUCUAAUUACUCGUGAGUCUUUAGAUUUAAUAGAGCAAAAGGCCAACGAGCUAAUUCGUGAGGGUCGGGAGGUCAGUGUACAGUUAGUGGAUCCAGAAAUUGCUAAAGAGUUUCAAGACGCUCGUGCUCCGCGGGGAUUGCCAAAAGAUCAUGUUGGAUUGGCGCGUGUUGUACGCAUUGAAGGUGUCGAGAGUAAUAUGUGCUGUGGUACGCAUGUAAGCAAUUUAUCGCAGCUACAGUGCAUCAAAUUAUUAUACGCUGAAAAAGUUAAAAACGCAAUAAAUGUUCAUUUUGUGGUGGGUGAACGUGUACUUCGGAAGCUCGGAGAGAUCUUUCAACGAGAGCAGCAAAUGAAUUUAGUGCUAAAAGGUGGGCCCACACAACAUUUGGAAUUGAUACAGAAAUUGCAGUUGAAUUUAAAAUCAUCCACAAAAGCAUUUCAAAAGUUGUUAAAAGAUGUUGCAAUUUCCGAAGCUGAGAGAUUGGAUAAUACUCCACAGCCCUAUCCGAAGUAUUACUGCCUCCAUCGCAAAGAUGGUAUAGAACCAGAUUUUAUUAACACAUUUUUACGAAAUGCGCCAGAAGGUAUAUUUUACUUCCUAACUGUUUCGGAAAACUCAACGAAUAAUGGUAAAGGUCUCAUGGUACUGAGAGGUAACGAAGAAGAGGUAAAAAAAUUUGGUGAACUCUUUAUGGAACUUUUACAAGGCAAGGGAAAUGGGCGUGAAUCAAAUUUUCAAGGCAAAUUCAACAAUGGAAGCAAGAUACCAGAGUGUAAUGCUAUACUAGAAAAACAUUUUAACGGCGAUAAAAGUAAACGCUAAGAUUUUUUCGCGAAACAAAGUUGUUUUGACUUUAUUUUGAUUUAUCAAAUAAAGCUGUUGUUAAUUUACAAGAA